AUGAAUAACUCGAAACAUCAUGAUGCCAUUUUCCAGAAAAGUGUCAGUCGAGACCAGAACAGGCUGCUUAGGAAGGGAAACUACGCGGAGCGAGUCGGUGCCGGCGCUCCCGUCUACCUCGCCGCCGUCAUGGAGUACCUGGCCGCCGAAGUUCUCGAAUUGGCCGGCAACGCCGCUAGAGAUAACAAAAAGACGCGUAUCAUACCGCGCCAUCUGCAACUCGCGAUCAGAAACGACGAGGAAUUAAACAAGCUCCUGUCGGGCGUCACGAUCGCCCAGGGUGGCGUUCUCCCGAACAUACAGGCCGUCCUUUUGCCAAAGAAGACGGAAAAAAAGGCGUAA